AUGAUUGCUGUCCGAGCGGACCGGGACCACGAGGAUGCAGAUCUACUUGCACUUAGCCGGCAUCCCGAAGAGGAGAUGUAUCCUGAAGACAUGCGCGGCUAUUCAAAGCACGAGAGGGCCAAGAUUUUGAAACGACUUGUCGACGUCGAAGAGAAGUACUGCUUGGAACAUGUCGCAGGUCCACAAUGCGGCGCCGGAGACGGGUAUCACGGGAGCAAGAUCUCUGUUGAAGAGAUGAGAACCUGUUCUACGAUGCAGGGGCUCAUUGCGAAAUCUCCCAACUGGGAGCCCGAGGAUGGGGACGAGGACUUUGAGAAAUCAGGACGAUACUUCCUCAGCGGCUUGGUUGACUCUGUAACAAACAUCGACAGUCUGUACUAUGAGUCAAACUAUCCAAAAAGGCACGGCUGCGGCAAUGUAUUCCCUAUCACUCGCUAUCGGGAUAUAGUGGAGGAUUGCUAUCACGCUGACUUCUAUUCCAUUCCAUUCCAUCCCGCCUGCCUUGAAACAUUCAAACGAGCCACCCUCCGCCGAUAUGACCGUGUCGACGUAGGGGCAUUCAUACAGUGGUGGGAGAUGAACAGUGAUGAAGAGUCACCCGUUCCGAUCGAGGAUGAGGAUGUGAGAGAAGGUAGUUCUCAGUGGUGGCGGCAUAAUCAAGGAUCGGAAUACCUCGCCGCAAAUCCUUGCCUUGUGCCAGACCUGGAUAAAGCUUUCGUGACUAUGGCUCCUCAAGCUGCCAGUCCUGCCGGACAUGAGGACGUCUUCUCCAGUCUGCCGUCGGAAGUUGUCAGCCUGAUAUUCAAUCAUCUGAGUCUGGAAGAAAUAUCCAACUUUCUCCUAGCAUCUCCCCUUUCGAACCGCUCUUCUCAUAAUGAGUUAAGACGUCGGCUCAUUCUAGAGUGGCCAUGGCUUUGGGAGGCUUGGUCCAAGCGGGAAUACUCUGUGUGGGUAGGGCCGACAGCGCGAGAUUUGCGGGAAUCGGUUAAGCCUCCUGGCAAGCAAGUUGUGAUAUCUGACACAGAUGUGAUAAACUGGGGUUCGGUCUUCAGAUGGAUAUCGAAGCAGAUGUCCAAUGACGAGCUGAAGGGAUUGAAAAACCGCCAAAGGAUUUGGAGAAGAUGUGAGGAAAUUCUAGAUAGAGUCGACCGGCUCCGAGAAAAUGUGGAAUAA